CUCGCACCACACUAGCCCUAGCCUCGUCCCCAGGCCGAGUUGUCUCUAAAAUAACGCUAUGUCAUGUUGGCUACUUACGUUAUUUUAGAGACAACUCUCAGUCUCUGCAGCUGCAAUGGUGCUGAGAUUUAUGAUAUGGGGCUGCAUAUUUUUGGCCUAGGCUGGAUACUUUUUGCAGUAUUCAGUUUGGACGGGAGCCUUGCAAGCUUGAUAGCCUCCAGUGAGAUACAAGCAUGCUCCAGGACCACUGCCAACUCUGAGCCUAUGUCUGCAGAGGGAGAAUCUUGCAGCCAAAAAUUUGUCGUCAGUUUAGCAGUGCAGAGCGGCCAGGGUGAAUCGGGUACUAUAUAUGCAACCAUUAAACAUGUUGAAGAAAGCAAGCCCAGUGAAGAUGGACAGUUAAUUCGUAGCAGGAAGCAACUCACGAAACCACUUCGGAUAGUCGUUACCAAAUCAGACGUCUAUGUCGCUUAUCCAUUGAAACUAUUGAAGCAAGCUGUCAAUCACGGUCCGUUUGAAGCUGCUCACAAAUGGACAGUAAAUGCGUGGGUUGGAGCGUUUAGGACGACUAAUGAUGAUGCAACUUGCGUGUGGAGUGAAUUGAAAAAAUGCCCCGGCUACCAGACAGUGAAAGAAAAUGGCUAUUGUUGUGAGCCGACAGAGGGGGAAAGAUGGCCAGAGGUUCGUGGCGAUGCAGCAUGGAACUAUAAGAGAGGCCAUGAUACCGAAUAUGCAGAGACAUCAGAAUGGACAAGAAGCAAUGUUAUGGCCAUCUGUGCCUACAACGAUCCCCUCUGGUGGCGUGUGUAUGACAUUGGUGAUCCCCAUGUGCUGUACCGCAUCAAUGUGACAGUUCAACAGUUAAGCUACAUACAGCAGACGACAGUAGAGAGUGAUUCUGAAGCAAGCGAUUCUGAAAUAAGCGAUUCUACUAAGGUUGUACCUAAAGAGGUGUGGCACACUGUUGGCUAUGCUAUUAUCGGGCCUGAGAGGAUAGGUGACAAUACUAACAGACAAAAACCAGGCACCAGCUCUGGACCUGAGAUCAAGGCCGAGUGGCAGGGGGACUUUGCUACCACAUCAUCAUUCGCUAAUCUCAAGACAAAGUAUUUCAUUUUUCCCAAUAGGAAGAUCUCCUACAGUUACUACAGCAAUCCAUUCUACAAAGAAAAGGAGAAAGAUGUCCCCAAACAAGACGUUAACUUGAUCAUUGACAAGCACAUGUUUGACUUUACUGGUGAGUCAUGCAACAAAAUAGGAGUGAGAGACGUAACCAUCAUUAAACAGCCAAACAGAUGUCUGCAGAAAACAGGAUCGUGUUUCAUAUUCACACCCAGGACAGUUCUCAAAACAGCGAGGGACUUGGAGAAGGGUGGUGUGAGGUCCCACUACUUCCCAACAUUUUAUGGUGACCAUCGAGGAUUCAUACAAACAAGCGAAGGGAUCAACCUCCUUUACCGAUCAGAUCACAUUCAUAAGAGUCUUGUCACUCUGGAGUUCACUGCAGCAUCCAUCUCAUUUGUGAACAAAUUGAGCCCUGGAAGAAUUGUUGAGGCGAUUGUAGAAGAUUUUCUUGCCCUGGCUGGAUCCAGUUCUCUCUCAGUCACUGUUCAAAACACAGGAUCCAUUACCUCCUCAUACUCAGUUUCCAUUGACGACUGCACAGAUGGAAUUAUACCUAUAGCCGAGAAGAGAAAGACUAUAACACCUCGGCAGCAAGAAACCUUUCUAUUUGAGAUCUCCUCCUCACUCAAUAUUGACUUCAGCCACAACUGCACAAUUUUACUGAGUGAUAAUAAUGGGAAGGUACUGGGCAUUAAGAUCGUGAACUUUGACACGUCAGAAGGCUGCGUGUACUGCCCUGAUGGGAUGUGCGACUGUGACUGCAAGGCUAAGAUUUUGGGCAAUCUGACAGCCAGUGUUGGAUGUUCUGCUGAGAGGAUAAUCCAACCAAUCCACAACAGCAGUGUGAUUUUCACUGCCCCGUGUUAUCACUGUUGGUUCACUGAUACUUUCAAGGACCCGUACAAAGCUCUAUUUACAAUCGUGACGUUUCUGAUGGCUCUGGGAAUGAUAAAGCUGCUCUGUUGUCACAUAUGUUGUAGGAGAACAGAUGGACGACAGUUUGACGUGGCUGGAAUCAUACUGGGAACAGCCAACUUGGAUCACACUUGGAAAAAGCAGAGAAGCUCUACACUCCACUUUCUGCUUGGGAUGUCGUUCUUUCUCUACCUGCCCCUACUGCCCUGUGUGAUCUUGCUGUGUAGAUGGAAACGGCAAAGAAAAGCCCGGAAAAGAUUGACCAUGAAAACAGAACGAAAGAAACAACGUCUCGUGCAAAAAAAGAGGGCAGCUUUACUGGCUAUGAAGGGACUUAUGAUUCAAGAGGAGAUGACGAUGGCAGAAGCCCUAAAAGUGAUGGAGGAGGGUCAAAGGGCACCGGGCAGACUAGCUCCCAUGUUGCCACCCAAAGUUUUAGUGGUGUCUUCAUCUUCUGACACUGACAAGCACGAUUUCAACUACACGAGUAGCAGUGAGGAUAUCCCAGAGAAUUUUAUGGCUGCCAUGAAAAAGAAGUCACCAUUACUGGGCCCAAGAAAAGCAGCUGGUAACGGUCGUCCCAUGGCAGGAAGAGUUACUGGCAAGAGGAAAGGUCCCAAGAAACGAGCUACUGGGCCAAUUGGAAAAUCUAACAAUCCAACCUCGAAAGAACCAAUGCAGAAGAAAAGUGGUACCGGAGGCAAACUAGGUGGCAAGCAGCCCAGACAACCCAUUGGAAAAGAGCCCAGACAACCAAUUGGAAAGCAGCCCAGACAACCCAUUGGAAAAGAGCCCAGACAACCAAUUGGAAAGCAGCCCAGACAACCCAUUGGAAAAGAACUCAGACAACCCAUUGGGAAGCAGCUCAGACCACCGAAGAAUCGCACUAACAAACCAAUGAGAGACAAAGGACCUGUGAAGAGGAGUGGUGGAGGUAAAGUAAGAGUGAGCAGUCGUCCCAAAGCAUCGAGAGGACAUGGAAACAAGAGUAGUGGACACAAAAGUGGUGGCCACAGGAGUGGUGGCCACAGGAGUGGUGGACAUAGUGGCGGACAUAGAGGCGGUGGCGGACACAAGAGUGGUGGCCAUGGAGAUGAUAAAGAUGAAGAUGACGAACACAAACGAGAUGAUAAAUUUAAAGAAGCUGAUCAUUCAAGCCGGUCCAGUGAUGAUGGGAAGCAUGAGAAACACAAACAUCACAGUGAUUCAAUCAAAUCUCUACACAGUCACAGUUCACACAGCAUCAAAUCUAAAGAUCACAAGAGCAUUGCGUCGAUAUUGAGCAGCAAACUGAGUAGCCUUCUAUCAAGCAAGAUAUCGAAGCAUUCCAGUCAUUCACACACUAAGAGCCAUUCAUCUAAAGACAGUCAUACAGGAAGCAAGCAUACGCACACAGGAAGUGAACAUACGCACAGCAGUCAUGGAAGCAAGCAUACGCACACAGAAAGCGAACAUACGCACAGCAGUCAUGGAAGCAAGCAUACGCACACAGGAAGUGAACAUACGCAUACAGGAAGUGAACAUUCGCACACAGGAAGCAAACAUACGCACAGCAGUCAUACAGGAAGUGAACAUACGCACAGCGAACAUAGCGAUGAGGACAAUCAUUUGAAUGAACACAGUGAGGAUGAACAUACUGAUGAGACCCAUGAUGAUGAUGACCACCAUGACCACCACAGCGAAGAUGAUGAUGACCACCAUGAUGAAAGCGAAGAUGAUGAUCACCAUGAGGAAGAUGAGGACGACCAUGAUGAAGAUGAGGACGACCACGAGGAAGAUGAGGACGAUCAUGAUGAAGAUGAAGAUGACCAUGACGAAGACGAGGACGAUCAUGAUGAAGAUGAGGACGAUCAUGAUGAAGAUGAGGACGAUCAUGAUGAAGAUGAGGACGAUCAUGAUGAAGAUGAGGACGAUCAUGAUGAAGAUGAGGACGAUCAUGACGAAGACGAGGACGAUCAUGAUGAAGAUGAGGACGAUCAUGACGAAGACGAGGACGAUCAUGAUGAAGAUGAGGACGAUCAUGAUGAAGAUGAGGAACAUGAUGAAAGUGAAGAUGAACACAGUGAACAUGACGAAAGUCACUCGGAUCAUUCUGACCACUCCGAUCAUCACUCUGAUCAUCAUUCCGAACACUCUGACCACUCAGAUCACCACUCUGAUCACCACUCUGAUCACCAUUCUGAUCACCACUCCGAUCACCACUCAGAUCAUUCCUCUCGCUCAUCUCAUCACAGCCUUGUUGAGGACGAUGAAAGUGACUAUUCUGAGCAUCAUUAA